CAAUUGUAAUUCCAAUUUCGGCACUUUCUUUAGCGUGUUGCUCCGAUUAAAGGCGACUUCGAUUGACGCUACUUCGAAUAAUUGUUUAAAAAUGACAACUUGUUUUGCCACAUUUGAUCAAAAUAAAAGGAAUUACAAAGCCGGCGAAUCUGUUAGAGGUCAAUUUGUUUUAACUACAACCACGGAUAAACCCGUUCAUGCGGUCUACAUACAAUUGCGGGGAGAGGGAAUAGUGUUUGUAAAUGAAUACAGAAAUGUGCCUAUGAAGAGCGGUAUAGAAAAAAUAGUGGACUCACGAGUUAACAUUAUUGAAGGGACGUCCCUAGCGGCUGGCACCUACACAAUCCCAUUCGACUUCCUUAUACCAGAUAAUGUUCCAACGUCAUGUUUUUUCGACCUUGGAAUCAUAAAGUAUUCUGUUGUACUAGUUAUCGAUCGUCCAUGGAAGUUUGAUAAAGAAUUUGAAGAGCUCAUAACCGUAAGAGGAUGCUACGAUCUUAGCAAGUAUCCAGAGCUUUUGGUUCCCAUAGAAAAUGAAGUCAUAAAGAGCUUUUGCUGCUGGCCCUGUGCCUCAGCUCCAAUCAUAUUAAGUUUAAGGAUGCCCAUCAGUGGAUAUGUGCCCGGCGAGACAAUUAACUGCAUCAUAAGCAUAGAUAACCAGGCGGUUGGUAACGAUUUGGUCAACGUUCAAUUGUCCCUUAUUCAAAUCGUCAAGUUUGCGAGUAUCUUAUCUGAUGCAAGAACUGUAAUACGCACACGGAAAGCGAUAAUCUGCUCUAACCUGCUCGCCGAUCGGGUAAAUCGAUUGUCUAAGAAAUUUAUAAAUGGCACUCUUGUUGUGCCAGACACAGUUCACUCCUCUCGAGAAAGACACAUUAUUCGCAUUCAAUAUUUGGUGUUAUUGAGCAUGGCGUUCGGGUAUUUUCAUCCAAAUUGUGUCAUAGAAGUACCUAUAGUAAUAGGUACCGAGCCACUGAUCCCGAAUCUUAAUGAUGACCUAGCAUCGGCAACUGAAAUCACGCAAUGGAUACCUCAGACACCUGACACUCCAGCUGGAGCAACAACUCCAUCGGCUCCAUGCUUUGACGAUUCUGGUAAGUCGAAACAUGCCAAAUAUUUGUAUAGUGUAUACUGAUAUAUCCUUUUAUCC